AAAGCAUUGAAUCGGCGAAUUCGUGUUUGGUUCGAGUUGCGAUACGUAUACGCUUUUACCAAACUUCCUCCCAUUUGUUAUGUUUAAUACUAAGGAUUGGCGCAACGGAACAUUGGCUGAAUACGCAUUACGGUUCAUAAUUGUCACGUCGAUCGCAGUCUACAUUAUUCCUUUCUGACAAACGCAUCACGCCCAAGGUUAUUUGCAUAAAGUGGAUAAAAGCUUAAGGGACACACGUGACCAUGGAGUGGGAUGCUGAUAAUUUUGAACCCGCUAAGCCCAUCAUUCCCGUUGCUGAUAUUGUUGGCGGUGCUAAGCUCAACAAAUGGGAAGGCGAAGAUGAAGAAGAGAAUAUUAAGGAUAGCUGGGAUGCAGAAGAAGAAGAAACAAAAAAAACUGAGACGAAAGUCCCCGAGAAAAAAACCAAAUCAAAAUUGGAACAAAAAAUAGCUGAAAGAGAACGAAAACAAAAAAUAGAAAAUGAAAAAAUGAGGCGAAAAUUUUUGGAGGCAGAAGAAAAUUCAAACAUGACACCCGAAGAAAAGAAGCUAUUACAACAGAAACUACAAGAAGAAGCAGAUUUGGAAGUAGCGAAAGAAAUGUUAGGUGUAGAUGAAAGUGAUGAAGAUUCAAUAGACCGUAUGAAUCCAAAAUCAAAAGAAGAUUUCAUUGUUUUUGAACAAGCUCUUCAAAAAAAAAUACAAAGUUUUUCUAAAUCUGAUCAUUAUUCUGAUUUUAUUGAAGAACUUAUUAGGAAUUUAUCUGUUACAUUGUCUAUGAAUGAUUUGAGAAAGUUAAAAGCAAGUGUAGAUAAUAUGAGUACAGAAAAAAUGAAAGCAGAAAAGGGUGAUAAAAAUAAAAAAAAUAAAGGCAAAGGAAAAGCUAAACUGCGACUCGACAACAGUACUAUUCCUGAUUACAAUGAGUUUUCAGCUUAUACGGUGGAUGAUUAUGAAGAGUUCAUGUAGGGAAAACGGUCAAGCUAAAGAGAACCAUGCUAAUGAAAAAAAUAAGCCGUGUAUAUUAAAAUAUAAAUAUAAUAUAUCAAUUAUGUCUAUUACUUAUGUAAUUAUAGUUUGGAUAUAGCUGAAUGAUAAAUAUUUUUUUGAUAGUUUGUGUUUAUCUUUAUUUAUCACAUUGAAAUAUACAAUCCUGUGUUAAAAAAAGAA